AUGAAAGCCUGCCCCAGUGUCCCAAGUGCCCUAAAGAAGCUAGAAGCAGCGUUCGACAAGACGCCGCAGCUUCAGGUCGUCUUUCCAGAAGACACGGUCGUAUCCAGGGUCGGCAUCAAAUUGCCCAAGCUCGCAGCCAAGGAUACGCCAUGUCUUUCCCUCUCCAGCUCGCUUAUGAAGCUUCAUGACGGCGACAAGUACAUUGCCGUCUGUCUCGACCUUGACGCUCCUUUUCCAUCCUUUUCCGUUCUCGGCCCCAUCGCGCACUGGAUUCAGACAGACUUGGUGCCAGUCGAGGACAGCCUGGAGGAUGGCUUCACUAAGCUUGAAACCGAUGCCCGACCCAUUAUGCCUUAUAUUGGCCCAGGCCCCCCAUCGCCUUCUGCACCUCAUCGCUACGUGUUUCUGCUCUGGAAGCAGCCUGCCUCUGUUGGCAGUGUUGACGAGGUCUCUGCAAUCUUCUCGCUGCCGGCUGAGCCUGGUCUCACAGCACGCAUCCGCUGGAACCAGUCGUUGUUCGAAAAGCAGAUGGGGCUGGGAGAACCGCUGGCCGUCAAUUAUUUUGUGGCCGAUUCGACAUAA